GAGUUUUAGCCUUUUGAUAUAGUUAACUUAACCGCGUAUGCGGCAGUUCAGUUGGUUUCAGCGUAGGCAUUGAUGUUGUUGUGCUCCUGAAUUCGAUCUGGGAGAGAUAUUUUACGCCAAAAUGGUAUCAUCGCCGGCCGGAUACCGGACCUAAGGACUAAGGUUGUUUGUCUAAAACCUCCAGAUAAUAAAAAAUAUAGUUAACUUUUUUUUGUUUUUGUUCGUUGUUUCUAUAUUGCUCACUUUCCAAUAACCUUUCUAAUAUUUAUUUGACCAUAUGUGUUCUUUAUAAAAGUUAUCAUCUCAUCAUCUAUAGACAUUUUUCAUGUAUAACUUAUAUUUUAAAUUUUUAAAACGAACAUAAAUUAUUCGAACUUAUCAUAAAAUAUUUUAAGAGAUACGUUAAAUAAUAUGUAUAUCAUAUUUUUCAAAAUUAUAAAAAUAAUAAUAAUAAUAAUAAUAAGUAUAUCAUACAAAUUACAUUUAUGGAGUGUAAUGCAAGUUUUCUAAGAUUCUUAUUCAAUUUUCCAAUAUAGUGUUAUAUUCAAUAUAUUUUUAAGAAAAGUAUUCUUGUUUGUUGUAUUGAAGUUGUAUAAUACUAUAAUAAAAUCGUAGAAUAACAUGUUACUAGGUGAUUUUUUCGUGCUCAUGUUAUAUUACUAAGAUUUAUAAAAUAAUUAUAUUAUAAUGAUUGAUUGAUAUUUUAUUUUAAAAUUUCAAUCAUUUUAAAUUAUAUGUAUAAUUUAUAUUGAUAAUGUUACAUUAUUUUAAUUAGAUAUAAUAUUUUGGAUAUGUAUUAUCUAUUCGGUAUGAUUUCACUUGGGUAUAUUGGAUUGCAUCAAUUUCUUUUUAUCAGUUAUAAUAUUUUUAGUUCUAAACAAAUGAUAAUUUUGAUUAAUUUUAUUAUUUGCAUUAAGUUUGAUUGUCUUAGAUGUAAAUAUAUAUAUUUAGAAAAAUUAACUAAACUGUUAGAUUCAAAAGUACUAGAAGCCGAAGAAUGGUCAGAAAAGGACAACAGAAAGUAGUGGUGACAAAAUGUCCUCUUGUAAAUAAUAUGUCUUUCAUGCACAACAGUGUUUACGUCAUCUACUACAUCAUUUUGUUGAAGCCUUUUUUUUAUCCCCAUUCUUCUUAAUUCUUAUAUAACCUCAAGAUCACACCCCCACAAUAUCCAAGUAGAACAAAACUUGAACGUUCCGUAAUUAUUGAGUUGGAACCAAAUAUGGCUUCCCAAAAACCCCACCAAUAUCAUCCCCCUCUUCACUUUGUUCUCUUCCCUUUCAUGGCUCAACGCCACAUGAUUCCCAUGGUUGAUAUUGCAAAGCUCUUGGCUCAGCGUGGUGUGACCAUAACAAUUGUCACCACGCCUCACAACGCAGGGAGGUUUAAGAAUGUCUUAAACCGUGCCAUCGAGUCUGGUUUGCCCAUCAACCUAGUGCAUGUAGACUUGUCAUAUCAAAAAUUUCGGUUGCCAGAAGGACAAGAUAAUAUCGACUCGCUUGACUCCAUGGAGCUGAUGGUGCCUUUCUUUAAAGCGGUUAACAUGCUUGAAGAGCCUGUCAUGAAGCUGGUAGAAGAGAUGAAACCUAGACCAAACUGUUUGAUUUCUGAUUUAUUGUUGCCUUAUACAAGCAAAAUCGCAAGGACGUUCAAUAUACCAAAGAUCGUUUUCAAUGGAAUGUCUUGCUUUUGUAUUUUGUGUAUGCAUAUUCUACGCAGAAACCUGGAGAUCUUGAAGAAUUUAAAGUCGGACAAAGAGUACUUCUUUGUUCCAAGUUUUCCAGACAGAGUUGAAUUUACAAAGCCUCAGGUUCCCGUAGAUGCAGAUGCAAGUGGAGAUUGGAAAGAGUUUAUGGACGAAUUGGUCGAAGCAGAAAACACGUCAUACGGUAUAAUUCUCAACACGUUUCAAGAGUUGGAGGCUGCUUAUGUCAAAGACUACAAAGAAGCUAGAGCCGGGAAAGUAUGGUCCAUUGGACCCGUUUCCUUGUGCAACAAGAUAGGGGCGGACAAAGCUGAGAGGGGGAACAAGGCGGUCAUUGAUCAAGAAGAAUGUUUUAAAUGGCUUGAUUCUAAAGAAGAAGGGUCGGUGCUAUAUGUUUGCCUUGGAAGUAUCUGUAAUCUUCCUCUGUCUCAGCUCAAGGAGAUAGGGUUAGGUCUAGAGAAAUCCAAAAGACCUUUUAUAUGGGUUAUAAGAAGUUGGAAAAAGUAUAAUGAGCUUGCUGAGUGGUUCUUGGAAAGCGGUUUUGAAGAAAGGAUCAAAGAGAGAGGGCUUCUUAUAAAAGGAUGGGCACCUCAAGUGCUUAUCCUUUCACACCCUUCUGUUGGAGGAUUCUUGACUCAUUGUGGAUGGAACUCGACUCUAGAAGGAAUCGCCUCGGGUGUUCCAUUGCUCACUUGGCCGUUGUUUGGAGACCAAUUCUGCAACCAAAAAUUGGUUAUUCAGGUUCUCAAAGUCGGUGUAAGCUCUGGGGUUGAAGAGGUUAUGAAAUGGGGAGAGGAGGAGAAAAUAGGUGUGUUGGUGGAUAGUGAAGGAGUGAAGAAGGCGGUGGAAGAACUAAUGGGUGAAAGUGAUGAAGCAAAAGAGAGAAGAAGAAGAGCCAAAGAGCUUGGAGAAUUAGCUCACAGGGCUGUAGAUGAAGGAGGUUCUUCUCAUUCUAACAUGACAUUCCUCUUGGAAGAUAUAUCGCAACUAAUAGCACAAUCCAAAAAUUGAUUACGUCAUUGCUAUAGAUAUUUGGUUUACAGUUUUUUCUUACAAAUAUAUGUUUAUAAUUUACUAGUAUUGUUUUAAGUUAACAUACGUUGAUCAUA